AAUUUGUUUUCAAUAUGAGCUUAUUCCCAAAUUGGCUAACGGGUAUGUUUAAAGCCAGGCUAAAUUAAAGGAAUCCAAUUUUCUCACUAGUAUUUGGUAGCACAUGGGUUCAAGGAGACUACGUGUCAUAUCCAGAAGAGUUCUGUACAUGAACUGGACUUAAUUGCUCCGAGAGUCACUGGAGCUUUCUUUAAUCAGAAUGGAAAUCAGGAUAAGCUGAGGUCUUAUAGAUUAGUAAUACUUAAGGCAGAACAUUAACACCGUGCCUUGUAGCUGUUAGUUGGUAGAGGGAAAUUCAGGCUACCGUCACAAAACCUGCAGGUUAAAUUAUUUUCUCCUCCCUGCUUCUGUAGGUUCACAGGGUUCCCUUCUGAUCGAGUUUUUUGCCUGUGUUGUAAAGCUCUUUGGCUGAGAUGGAUGACAAAGAUAUUGACAAAGAACCAAGACAGAAAUUAAACUUUUCCUAUUGUGAGGAGACUGAGAUUGAAGGGCAGAAGAAAGCACAAGAAAGCAGGGAGGCUUCGAGCCAAACCCCAGAGAAGGGUGAGGUGCAGGAUUCAGAGGCAAAGGGUACACCACCUCGGACUCCCCUUAGCAACGUGCAGGAGCUCGACACAUCUUGGGAAAAAGACAAAGAAAGUCCAGAUCAGAUUUUGAGGACUCCAGUGUCACAUCCUCUCAAAUGUCCUGAGACACCAGCCCAAGAAGACAGCAGGAGCAAGCUGCUGCCGGGUGACAGCCCCUCUACUCCCAAAAGCAUGCUGAGCCGGUUGGCGAUUUCUCCAACAGGGAAGCUUCCCUCCAGGGGCCCUAAGCAUUUGAAGCUCACACCUGCUCCCCUGAAGGAUGAGAUGACCUCAUUGGCUCUGGUCAAUAUUAAUCCCUUCACUCCAGAGUCCUAUAGAAAAUUAUUCCUUCAAUCUGGUGGCAAGAGGAAAAUGCGAGGAGAUCUUGAGGAAGCUGGUCCAGAGGAAGGCAAGGGAGGCGGACUACCUGCCAAGAGAUGUGUUUUAAGAGAAACCAACAUGGCUUCCCGCUACGAAAAAGAAUUCUUGGAGGUGGAAAAAAUUGGUGUUGGCGAAUUUGGUACAGUCUACAAGUGCAUUAAGAGGCUGGAUGGAUGUGUUUACGCAAUAAAGCGCUCUAUGAAAACUUUUGCAGAAUUAUCAAAUGAGAAUUUGGCUUUGCAUGAAGUUUAUGCACAUGCAGUGCUUGGGCAUCACCCCCAUGUGGUACGUUACUAUUCCUCAUGGGCAGAAGAUGACCACAUGAUCAUUCAGAAUGAAUACUGCAAUGGUGGGAGUUUGCAAGCUGCUAUAUCUGAAAACACUAAAUCUGGCAAUCAUUUUGAAGAGCCAAAACUCAAGGACAUCCUUCUACAGAUUUCCCUUGGACUUAAGUACAUCCACAACUCUGGCAUGGUACACCUGGACAUCAAACCUAGUAAUAUCUUCAUUUGUCACAAGAUGCAAAGUGACUCCCCUGGAGUCAUAGAAGAAGUUGAAAAUGAAGCUGAUUGGUUUCUCUCUGCUGAUGUGAUAUAUAAAAUCGGUGACCUGGGCCAUGCAACAUCAAUAAAUGAACCCAAAGUGGAAGAAGGAGAUAGUCGCUUCCUGGCUAAUGAGAUUUUACAAGAGGAUUACCGGCACCUUCCCAAAGCAGACAUAUUUGCCUUGGGAUUAACAAUCGCAGUGGCUGCAGGAGCAGAGUCAUUACCCACCAAUGGUACUGCAUGGCACCAUAUCCGCAAGGGUAACUUUCCAGAUGUUCCUCAGGAGCUCUCAGAAAGCUUUUCCAGUCUGCUCAAGAACAUGAUCCACCCUGAUGCUGAACAGAGACCUUCUGCAGCAGCUCUGGCCAGAAAUAGAGUUCUCCGGCCUUCCCUGGGAAAAACAGAGGAGCUCCAACAGCAGCUGAAUUUAGAAAAGUUCAAAACUGCCACACUGGAAAGGGAACUGAGAGAAGCCCAGCAGGCCCAGUCACCCCAGGGAGAUAGCCAUCAUGAUGACACUGGGGUCUCUGGGACCCACACAGGAUCAAGAAGUACAAAACGCCUGGUGGGAGGAAAGAGUGCAAGGUCUUCAAGCUUUACCUCAGGAGAGCGUGAGCCUCUGCACUGAAGGAAGAAAAGGAAACAGCCCUUGGUUUGGCCUAUGGAUUAAGAGGUUGCUGUUGCUGAUUCCCCACGAAGGAUCCCAGGGACUCAUUGUACAUAGAAAGGAAUAGAAUUUAGUUUAGAGUUGAAGUCACAGCUUACAGGAAAUGUGCCUGGAUUUUCCACAGUGCUUCCCAGGUUAUAUGAUGCUGUUCCUGAGAGAAAAUUCCCAGUUUCUUGAGGAAGUGGGUCUCCUAAUGUAUACCCUUUCUGAUAUUGUAUUUAUUAAAUAAAUGGCUUCACCAUUAUGUGAGGUGGGUAAAAGUUAGACUGUAUGCAACUUGGACAUCUCUGAGCUGGCUGUCAACUUGCAGGACAAAAAUGCUGUGGGGAGGGGCUUCAGGGAAAACUUAAUGUGCCUGUGGUUGUUCUCCAUCUAUUUGCCCUGCCUCUCUUCUGGCUGUUCUGGUUGGUUUGAUAUUCCGGGUCUCACCAAUUUCUCAUGAUUUUUAUGAGAAUUUGGCUUUGUUUCCUGUUUUUUAAGAUCAUAUUUUAUCUAAAUCCUUUUUCUAUACACAUUUUAAAAGGAAUAGAAUACUGUAUUUUAAAUAAAGGGUUUUAUUUUGUCCAAAGCCUAAUUACAGGUAAAAUAUCCUUUGUAAAAUGUAACUAACAAAGAACAAGAAAUUUAUGUUGGAGAACAUUUUAUGAAUAAAAGGGUAAGAGAAUUCAGUGGGUCAGUAGUAACAGGUCUUGGUGGCAAGUGUUAGCUUCACAGAUCCAACAGUUAAUAAUGGUCAGGCUUUGCUAGAAAAUUAUGUUGGUCAUAAAGGUAUUUGAUAAGUUCUGUUUGUGUCAUCUUAGUGAAUGCAACCUGUUGAUGAUAAUGGCUUUUUUGCUGCUUGAUUUUCUUCUUUCCCCCUCAUUUUUAAAAGCUAAUUAAGUUUUUUUAAUUGAAUAAACCCUAAUACUAUUCUUU